AUGGCUUUAGGUGGUUGGUGCUUGUGGUGGUGCACCUUUGCGACGUUUCUGCCGUCGCAUCACGGCCUCCACCCGUGUUUGAGAGGAAUCUCUAUGAAUGUGAUUCUCCUGGAUGACGAGGACUCUCCCUGGAGCUUGAAAUUUGUCCGAGGGCAAAUAUUAAAGGCGUUGGAGACGGAAUCGGUGCCUGAAAACAAGACAGAAUUCAACCUGACGGUCAUGUUCGGCGGUUUCAACACAACCUCCUAUCGACAAAAAGGCUGCCACAGUAGUGCAUGUGAAGGAGUGGCCGAGUUAACAAAUCUUGUGCAUUCAAACAGCCUGGGAUGCGCCGUGCUAGGCCCGACCUGCACUUACGCCACGUUCCCCCUGGUCGACGCCGAAAAAGGUUUGAAACUAAGCACGCCCAUCAUCUCGGCGGGCAGCUUCGGUCCGUCUUGCGACAAUACGCUCAACUUACAGCGCCUCCUGCCUCCGGCGCGUAAAAUCUCGGACUUUUUCGUCCACUUCUGGAAAGACAACAACGCCAUCAAGCCGGUGUGGGAGACUGUUUACGUGUAUAAAAUGCAGCAUAACUCCGAGGAAUGCUUCUGGUACAUAAAUGCACUGGAAUCAGCACCGCACAUGUUCGCUCAGAGUGUGAAAAGAACGAUGCUUCGAAAACCAGAAGACCUCAAAACAGUCUUGUCGUCGCGCACAAAUAGGACAAGCAACUUAUUCAUCAUGUGCGGUUCUGUUAAUCACGUCAUGGAUGUGAAGAAUCUCUCAACCGAAGCGGACAGUAAUGAGAUUCUCUUCAUCCUUAUCGAUCUCUACAAUGAUCAAUACUACAAAAACAAAACAUCUCAUUCGUCCAUGAAGAACGUGUUAGUGCUCACCAUGCCCAACACCAGGAAUUACACCAUUGACUCCGACCCAAAAAGCAACAGUACAAUGAACGACUACAUGGCGGCGUACCACGACUCGGUGUUGCUGGUCAGUCAGGUGAUAAAGCAUAUACUUGACAAUCCUCAAUCCGAGGUUCAUCAGAGGCCAUACGUUUCUGUGAAUUAUCUUCGGAACAUCUCUUUUAACGGUAUCGCAGGGAACUAUCGGCUCGACAAGCACGGAGACAGAGAUGUCAACCUGUCCAUCAUUUACACCACAAAUUAUAACGAGUAUCGCAUCCUAUUCGAGUUUGACACAGAACAUAACCUUACCACGCUGGUUGAGGAUGACCCCUCCUUUGUCUGGGGGGCAAGACUUCCCAAUUUCAAGCCAGACGACGAGGCUCCGUCACUUGACAUUGUCGUCGUCAUCUUGGGUUUGAUUGUGGUGGUGGUGGGCAUCGUCGCUUUUGUCUUCUACAGACAAAACAGGAGAGAUCGUCGACUGAGGAGAGGAAGCUCCAUUUCCCAUAUUCCCUCCGACCUUCUAACUCUGCUGGAGGACAACACACAUAACCAAGUUUCUCUGAAGAUUGAAGAGAGGAAAAAAGUUUACAAGAUCCGCCGAGCACUCUACGAUAAGAAGAUUGUGAUCCUGAAAGAACUCAACCACUCGGACGGAAACUUCAACGAGACUCAGAAAGAGGAACUUCACGCGCUCCUGCAAGUCGACUAUUACAACUUGACCAAGUUCUACGGCACUGUCAAGUUGGAUCAGGGCGUGUUUGGGGUGUUUGAGUAUGGUGAGCGGGGGUCACUUAGGUAUGUGCUGAAUGACAAGGUGUCCUAUCCGGACGAGACGUUUAUGGACUGGGAAUUCAAGAUCUCCGUCAUGUAUGACAUUGCCAAGGGCAUGUCCUACCUCCACACCAGUGACAUCCAGGUGCACGGUCGCCUCAAGUCCACCAACUGUGUGAUGGACAACCGCAUGGUGGUGAAAAUCACCGAUUUCGGCUGCAACUCUUUUCUCAAACCUGGCAGAGACUUGUGGACGGCGCCCGAGCACUUGAGGAAACAGGGCACCUCGCAAAAAGGGGACGUAUACAGUUUCGCCAUCAUCGCUCACGAGAUAGUGCUCAGGAAAUCCACUUUCUACACUGAGUGCUGCUCUGACCGUGCAGAAAAGGUAUCAAGGGUUAUCAUGUCCUACUUCAGACCUGAUCUGGACUUUGACACAGCUUCCGAGAAAGAACUUGAGGUGUACACGUUGAUAAAAAGUUGUUGGGAUGAGGAUGCUGAGAAACGACCCGAUUUCAAGAAGAUAGAAGGCUGUUUAGGGAAAAUCAUCAGUAAAAUUCACAAGGACAAUGAAAGCUACAUGGACAACAUGAUCCGUCGGCUACAGAUGUAUUCCAAAAACCUGGAGCACCUGGUGGGGGAGAGAACGGCCCUUUACAAAAUGGAGAGGGACCGAGCGGACCUUCUCAACUUCAUGCUUCUUCCACGCCCUGUGGUGAAGAGCCUGAAGGAGACGGGUGCAGUGGAGCCUGAGCUGUACGACGAGGUGACUAUUUAUUUCAGCGACAUCGUGGGCUUCACCACGUUGUGCCAGUACAGCACGCCUAUGGAGGUGGUGGACAUGCUCAACGACAUCUACAACGGCUUCGACAGCAUCCUCGACCACCAUGAUGUCUACAAGGUGGAGACGAUAGGCGACGCCUACAUGGUGGCGUCCGGUCUACCAAACCGUAACGGCAACAGGCACGCGGUGGACAUCUGCCGCAUGGCUCUGGACAUUUUGGCCUUCAUGGGGACCUUCCAGCUCCGACACCUGCCCGGAAUUCCAGUUUGGAUACGUAUCGGCGUGCACUCAGGUCUAUGCGCGGCAGGCGUGGUCGGCGUCAAGAUGCCCAGAUACUGUUUAUUCGGUGACACGGUCAACACGGCGUCUCGAAUGGAGUCUACGGGACAUCCCCUGAGGAUCCACGUCAGUCAGCCUACUAUAAAUAUCCUGACCAGGACAGAUUGCAAGUUUGAGUACGAGUGCAGAGGUGAAACAUAUCUAAAGGGUAAAGGAACAGAGACCACCUACUGGUUGACCGGUGAGACGGGUGAAGACUACGACCUACCAACCCCACCCACAACGGAGAACUUCCAGCGGUUGCAGCAGGACCUGGCCCACAUGAUCCUGGAAUGUCUGGAGCGGCGUUCCCGGGGGUCCGUGCGCCGAAAAAGGCCGCUUUUAAGUCAGAGCGAAGAUGAGGACAAGAGGCGAGGAUCAGAAGCGGAACCCCCGGAAUACUUACAUCUGGCCACUGUGGAUAACACACUUAGCACCUUCCUGUAG